AUGACAAGGUACGUGCGUGGAUGCGUGGUGCACGCGCCAUUACGCGGCUGUAUCGAGCUAUUCGAGGACGCCUUCCUGUCCAUCGAUCUAUCUACGGGGCGCAUUACCGCUUUCCACGCUGAAAUCGAGCCCACCGACCUGGAUCUGCUUUCGAAAGCUCCGUCUUCAGAGAUCCUGCAUCUCCCUGAAGGUCAAUUUCUCAUGCCAGGAUUCGUGGACACUCAUGUGCACGCGCCGCAAUUUCCGUUUAUGGGUACAGCCACCGACGUUCCAUUGAUGCAGUGGCUGGACAAAUACACUUUUCCGGUAGAACGAAGUUUCGAGGACCCAAAAGUGGCUUUAAAAUGGUAUUCUACACUAUUAGACAUGAUGUUGACCCAGGGCGUUACCACAGCUCAGUACUUUGCCACGAUUCACGUCGAGGCUACCAAGAUUCUGGCGGAUCUGGUGGAGCUUCGGGGUCAAAGGGGGCUCGUGGGGCUUGUCUCCAUGGAUCGGAACGCCCCAGACAACUACAUGUCGUCAAGUGUAGGCAAGUGUCUGGCAGAUGCGGAAGAGUUUAUUCAGUACGCACUGGGUAAAAAUAACGAACUAGUGAAGCCAGUUGUCACCCCAAGAUUCGUGCCGACGUGCUCACCGGAACUGAUGAAAGGGCUGGGAGCACUUGCCAAGAAAUACGACGUUCAUGUUCAGUCGCACAUUGCCGAGUCGAGAGAUGAAGAAGCUUUUGUGGAGACAUUACAUCCUGGACGGAGAGAUGCGGAGCUGUUUGAAGAAGCAGGACUGUUGACGCAGAAGAGUUGGAUGGCUCAUGCGGUGCAUUUGAAGGAGGAUGAGCUGGAGAUAAUGCGUCGCACUGGGACCGCGAUCGCUUGUUGUCCAUUGUCCAAUUUCUUCUUUGCCAAUGGGUUUUUAGACGUGAGGAAGGUGCUGGACAAGAACGUGGGCGUCGGGUUGGGCACGGACAUUGCUGGUGGGUACUCGCCGAGUAUGCUGCGUGCAAUUCAGACGUGCGUGCUGACGAUCAAGGCGCUGGAGAUUCAAGAAGGGACAUCCGGUGCCCCGACGCAGCCGUUCGAUUUCAAGGAUGCCUUCUGGCUGGCGACAAUGGGAGGUGCAAAGGCGCUGAAUCUCGAAGAGGAUACAGGUAGUUUUGCUGUGGGGAAGUGCUUUGAUGCCAUUCUUGUGGAUGUGAACCGUGGCCGUAAUUUGGUGUUUUCCGAGCGUGACACCCCUUUGGAUGUCUUCCAAAAGGUCAUUCACAAUGCUGACAAUCGCAAUUUUGUGAAGGUCUUUGUGAAAGGCAACAUGGUGUACGAAAAUGUUGAGGUAUAA